AUGGCGAAAUCAUCUUCCCUCCUGUCACCAGGGAACACAUCGUUCAUUGUUCUUACGAUUACUGUUCCCCAAAUAUCGCACAUCUUGUAUCCGUUCCGAAAUCAUCCCCCUCACCCCCCCAUUCGUCUCCUACAUCCACGAAGACGGCAUAGUCCUCGCCGACUGACCCCUCCUCCGAUCCCAACCAGGAGCAAGACGAAGACGACGACUGGGAACCAACCAACCCCUCCUCCGACUUCCCACCACCCCCCCGCGACCCCCGCGAUGAAUCCGGCUCCGAAGACGACGACGAUGACGAACCUACCACCGCUCCGCCUCCCCCCAAACCAACGCUUCCCCGAACUCCACCAGAAAAUCGAGAGCACCAUCGCCCAACUCGGCGGCUCCGUAGCCCCCAAGCUCAACUGGUCCUCCCCACGAGAUGCCACUUGGAUCUCCCGGCACCCCAACACAAUAAAGUGCACCUCGGCCAACGACAUUUACAUCCUCCUCAAGUCCUCCUCUUUCAUCUCGCACGACCUCGACCACGCCUUUGACGACUGCGCCCCUACUACCACCUCCCAGUUGUCACCACCAUUUCAGCCCGUCUUGGUUCUGAGGAGUUACUUCAACAUUUUGCCGUCGUUGGAAUUCAGGUGUUUUGUCAAGGACAGAAACCUGGUGGCUAUCACGCAGCGCGACCCGAACUACUACCCCUUUUUGAGGAGUCUGCGGCCGCAUAUUGUGUCUCGAAUCAGGGAGUUGUUUACAAAGAGGUUGAAGUUUACGUUUCCGGAGGCGGACUUUUCGUUUGAUGUUUAUAUUCCUGAGGCGUCCUACGAUGAUGAGGUCAAUCGCUUAGGGAGGGCCAGGCUGAUUGAUAUUAACCCCUGGGCUCCAAGGACGGAUACUAUUCUUUUUGGGUGGGAUGAGUUGCUUGAGGUUAAUGUUAAAAGGCCGGUUAUUGGGGGGCCGAUGUCGACGCAGGAGCAGGAUGGGAGUGAUGUGGAGAGUGAAAGUGAUGAUGAUGAGGAAGGUGAGGAAGAGGAUAGGCCGGAGUUGAGGUUGGUGGAGAAGGAUGAUCCGGCGGCGUAUAACUUCUCGAGCCCGGCGUUUUCGGCGCAUAAGUUGCCGAAGGAUGUGGUGGAUGCUAGUCAGGCUGGGGAGGGGGGGGGGAUGAGGGAGUUGGCGGAGACUUUGAGGGAGUUUGAAAGGGGGAGGAGGGAGGGGGUUCAGCAGGGAGGGCAGGGGAGGGUGGAGGAGGUGACGGAGGAGCCGCGGGAGCAAGCAGGCGGGUCGGUGUAA